AUGCUUAGAAACACAUUUAUUAAGAAAGUGCCUUUAAUAUUAGCUCAGCAUGUAAAUACAAAAAGUUUUCAUAGUUCAAGAUUAAAAGGAAAAGUUGCCAUUAUUACAGCCUCUACAGAUGGAAUUGGAUAUGCCAUAGCAAAACGUCUUGGAAAUGAAGGUGCUUCAAUUGUAAUUAGUAGCCGGAAGGAAGAAAAUGUGAAAAAAGCAACAGAAGAACUUCGCAGAGAUGGUAUUCAAGUUGAAGGUGUGGUUUGCCACGUUGGAAAUGAAGAUCAAAGAAAACAAUUGUUUGAAACGGCUAAAAGCAAGUUUGGUGGACUAGACAUUUUAGUAUCGAAUGCAGCAGUCAACCCCUCUGUGGCUGACACAUUAGAGACUGAAGAGAAGGCUUGGGACAAAAUAUUUGAAAUAAAUGUAAAGUGUUCUUGGUUAUUAGCUAAAGAAGCUUACCCAGAAUUGAUUAAACGGGGAGGAGGCAGCAUUGUUUUCAUAUCGUCAAUUGCUGCUUAUCAACCUAUGCAGCCUUUAGGUGUGUACAGUGUUAGUAAAACGGCUCUGGUGGGACUUACAAAAGCAAUUUCUAAUGAAGUUGUAAGGGAAAACAUUAGAGUAAAUUGUGUGGCACCAGGCAUUGUUGCUACAAAAUUCGCAUCUGCAAUAACAUCAACUGACUUAGGAAAAGAAACGUCUUUAUCAAUAGUACCCAUGAAAAGAUUUGGAAAACCUGAUGAAAUAGCUGGUGCUGUUGCCUACUUGGUCUCAGAUGAUGCUACCUAUAUGACGGGAGAAACCCUUGUUGUUGCUGGUGGUACUCAUUGCAGAUUAUAG